CGGUCUCCAGUCACCGGUCUAUGGGUGGGGUCCGCUGCCCCGGGUCCGGUAUCUCCAUAAACAAUCAGAUAAUCAGAUGAGAAAUGUCCAAUGAAAAGCCUAUUUCCUAAGUGUAAUUAAUUAAUUUCGGCGGCUGCGCUUCCCAACUGCAGACUAGCAUCCCCAACCAUAUAGCAUGAUGGUUGGAUAAAUCAGUUACUUCUGGGCAGUCGACCUGUGCACAUUUGCCAAAAACAAAAAAUAAAUAAAUAACUAUAUAACCUAUGACCAUAACCGGAUUCGAUUUAUAAAUAUUUUUUUAGAAAGAUCAAAAGUGUUUUUUCAAACUGGACCACAUUUUUGAAGAUUGUCAGCGACAGCAAUUUCACAAAAUGUCUCACGGCGAACGGAAAGGUCGCCUUAAUGUUGUUAAAUUUUUGGAAUUGGGCUUUGCUGUGGCCUGUUUGGUUCUGCAUUUCUAUAGUUUCAAUGAUCGAGAUAUUAUGACCUCAUUUUUGGCCACCGGAACAUUUACAGGAUAUAUAAUAGUGGUCAUAGGGGUAUUUGCUGGCGUUUUAAUGCGAGCGCCCAUCCACAAGCGCAUCGACAUUUUCUUCAGCGUCCUCGGCUCCACUCUUUUCGUGGCCAGCGGUGUAUUCAUCAUCGAAGCCUGGGAGUUCUCGUUCCGGACCAGGACCCGUGAUCUGGCCCUAAUCAAGGCCUCCUUGUCCAUUGUCAAUGGUGUGCUCUUUGGAUUCGAUGCCGUUUUCACAUUUCGCGACAAAUGAAUAUUAGCCAGCGAGAAAAAUUAAAUUCAUUUCGUCAUCGGGAACUUAUUUUUUUUAUGCAUUUAAUAGUUUUUAAGUUGCCGGGUUUU